GGGUGUCCAGCAGGACAGCAUCGCUGCACGCUCGGCCGGCGGACCACAGUCUCUGCGACAUCACGGAUACUCCGGACAGACGUUUUCUCCCGGUAUCGUCGCCCCCGGCUGUACCGAUGCAGACGCCGAGCCUCUCGGGAGUGGGCAGAAAUCCCUUCGUCCACGAGUUAAGGUUCACUGUGCCGGAGAAAAUAAAGAUUGGAUUUAUGUCAGUUACAGUUUUUCCAGUUCGGCUGCUACUCGUCUCUUUUCUGAUGUUGCUGGCCUGGCCCUUCGCCUUCACAGCCUCCCUCGGACGCUCCGAGUUUGUCGUUGAGCCACAGUCGUGGUGGAGGAGGUUUGUAGAUCUUUGUCUCCGGGUCAUCAUGCGAGCCAUGUGGUUCUGUGGUGGUUUUCACUGGAUCAAGGUGAAAGGGGAACGGGCGGCACCUUCGGAAGUUCCCAUCCUCACUGUGGCCCCACACUCCUCCUACUUUGAUGCCAUCCCAGUCACCAUGACCAUGUGCUCCAUCGUCACCAAACUGGAGAGCAGGAGCAUCCCAGUCUGGGGCACUCUGAUCAGCUACAUCAGGCCGGUGUUCGUUUUUCGGUCGGACCAGGACUCCAGAAGAAAAACUGUAGAGGAGAUUAAGCGGAGGGCUCAGUCUGGAGGGAAGUGGCCUCAGAUAAUGAUAUUCCCCGAGGGGACGUGCACCAACAGGUCAGGUCUCAUCUUAUUCAAGGCUGGUGCUUUUAUUCCAGGGCUCCCAGUGCAGCCAGUGAUACUCCGAUACCCGAACAAACUGGACACCGUCUCGUGGACGUGGCACGGCCCUGGAGCGUUUAAGAUCUUAUGGCUCACUUUGUGCCAACUUCAUAAUUCUAUGGAGAUUGAGUACUUGCCCAUUUACGCUCCAUCGGACCAGGAGAAAGAAAACCCUGCUCUGUUUGCCAGUAACGUCAGAAAGCUCAUGGCUAAGGCGCUGGAGCUGCCUCUCACAGACCUUUCCUUUGACGACCGGGAGAUCAUUCUCUCGCAGGGCCCCCUGCGCGUUCAGGACUGCAGCAGCCUGCUGCACUUCAACCAGCUCGUGUCCCGUCUGGGGUUGAGAGCAGGAACCACAGCUGAGCUGCUGGAAGAACAGGCCAGCAGAGCCAGAAAGCUGCAGGGAAACAGACUGGCUUUGGACGACUUUGCACAGUUUCUCAGCCUGCAAGUGACGGAUCCACUCCGACAAGUCCACAGCCUCUUCGAUCAGCAUGGAGAUGGACACAUUGACAUCAGGCUCUAUGUUACUGCUCUGUCGACUGUUCAUCGGCCCUCCAGAUCACUGGAGACUCUAAAACUGGCCUUCAAGAUGUACGAGAGUGAGGAGAACGGGCCAAUCCCGGAAGAGGAGCUGUCCGCCAUCCUGGAGGUCAUGCUGGGGGUGAAGGAGCUGGACCUGUCGCACCUGUUUUUAGCAAUCGAAAGGCCUGACUCGGGGAAGAUCACUUAUGAUGCACUUCAUCGUCUCACACAGCAGCCACACUUCACCCUGAACGGCCUUAAUUAUCAGGAGCAUCCUCGUAAAUCCUGCAUCAGCCCAUCCAAGAGCUGCAACGGCCAGAUCCACGACAAAGACAACUAAGCGACACACUGACUUUCUUCUGUAUAUGAUGCAGAGCAUCAAUCAGAUGCUGCAGGUAGCCUUAGAGUCCCGCAAACAAAGAGUAAAGCAUCGGGGCUCCCAUCUGAUCUUAUUUCUCUCUCUUCCUUCAUUUUCCCCCCACAUUUUGAUGUAAACGACCCUGUUUUCUAUGGCCUGCAAACACGCAGGUCAUUGAAGUUAAUUUUCUGUUAUUAAUGACCUAAUAUUGCUGAUGUUUGAGGUUUAAACAUUUAAUGACAAACUUAGUGAAAAUGACAAGCACAGUAAACACAGCUAGAUGUUUAGCGAGCUGCAGGUAAGGAGUGAAGCAGGGAUGUCAUCACAAUAAAAUCUGCAAGGACCCGUGCAGGUCAGACUCAUAAAAUGUGGCUUAAUUAGUCCAAACUAGUUGACGUUUGACAUAGCUCUGACGUUAAAAGUUAACAGGAAGGCAUUUCUACCAGAGGAAAACUGUUCCAGUUUGUCCUCUUAUACCGCUGCAGGAUUUUAAAAAACAUUCUUAGAAAUACCAGUAAUUUAUCAAAGGACAACAGCUGUUUUCACCACACAUCCCUAAAGAGGAGCCAGUGAUCCGAAGAUGCUUCUUGACCACUCUUCAUGAGCAAACACGUUUAAAGUUGAUCCAUGUAGAACUCAUCAUUGCAUUUUGGAGCUUCUUUGCAUUUUCCUGUGGAUCUUUAUACUCCAGCGGUAAACCUUGUACCUUAUGACUGAAAUAUCAAUAUCAUGUGUCGCCAUCAUUAUUCAGCAACAGACAUAAACAAAAUAUGAAGUUAUUUCCGUUAACUAUACAAUUAAAAUGCUUUCCGUUUUGACACUUCCUAUGUUCAUCCACCAGGUGGAGCUUUGCUUUCAUGGCCUUUCCUUUCCAUGUUUUCUGUACUCUGAUACCGGCAGCCAGUGCUCUCUUUAAAAGAAUAAAGUCACAAGCACUGCCUAUAAAGCGACUC